AUGACAUGGCACAGGAAGAUAGAAAUCAUGGAACGCUAAGAUGUAGACCAGAAAUCUUAUUCAGUGACUAACUCUCAGGAAAACUACCAUCUUCUAAGCAGGAGAGUCGUAUGGUAUAAUAGCCAAAAAAUAAAGAUGUCUUCAGAUGAAAAUCCUACAGGUCCAAUAGCAAAUGCCUGGUCCAUGAAAAUUCCAGAAUUUAAACCAGAAGACAACCCUCAUGGUCUAUUAGAAGAAAGUAGCUUUGCAACUUUAUUUCCACAGUACAGAGAGCAAUAUUUGAAGCAGGUAUGGCCUUUAGUGCAGAAAACAUUAGCUGAACACCAUAUAAAAGCUGAAUUAGACCUCAUUGAAGGUAGCAUGACAGUACGUACAAACAGAAAAACAUGGGACCCUUAUAUCAUUAUCAAAGCGAGAGAUAUGAUAAAACUCUUAUCUCGAAGUGUGCCUUUUGAACAAGCUAAGCGAGUUUUAGAAGAUGAUGUUGGAUGUGAUAUAAUUAAAAUUGGAAAAAUCACAAGAAAUAAAGAAAAGUUUGUCAAACGAAGACAAAGACUGAUUGGACCAAAUGGCUGUACAUUAAAAUCAAUAGAACUACUGACAAAUUGUUAUGUGCUUGUACAAGGUCAAACUGUAUCUGCAUUAGGACCUUACAAGGGCCUACAACAAGUUAGGAAAAUUGUAGAAGAUACAAUGAAAAACAUCCAUCCAAUUUACAAUAUAAAAGCUCUGAUGAUCAAAAGGGAAUUGGCCAAAGAUCCAAAAUUAAAGAAUGAAAACUGGGAAAGGUUCCUUCCGAAGUUUGUGAAUAAAAAUAUCAGCAAACGCAAACAGCCGAAGAAGAAAGAGAAGAAACCAUAUACUCCUUUCCCUCCACCUCAACCUGAGAGUAAAAUUGACAAACAACUGGCUACAGGAGAAUAUUUCCUUACAAAGACUCAGAACAAAUCCAAGAAGCAAAAAGAAAAAGAAGCUAAACAUGCUGAAGCUGCCAAAAAGAGAGAAGAAAAGAGAAAUGAAGUAUUUGUGCCACCAGAAGAACCUUCAACCUCAAGCGGUAAAAGAAGCAAUAGUGAUAUAUCAGUAAAUAUAACAGAACUUAAAGAGAAAAUUAAAAAAGCCAAGGGAACUGUUAAAAUUUUCAAUAAAAACAAAAGUUAGUACCAUAAAUAUUGUUUUUGUAUCAGAAUAUUUAUGAUUCAUUUUGAUGG